AAUAUUAACAUUGGCGCGUCUUCCGCCGACACCCUUAAUAGCACUUCUAAUUGGAAUUCGGCAGUAACCGCUUGGUACAGUGAAGUUAAAGACAUUGACGCAACUUAUGCCGCGAGCUUUCCUGCAAGCCCAGCACACCAAAAGUUAUUGAACACUACACACAAGUAGUAUGGGCGGACACUUAUCUUGUGGGUUGUGAAGUGGCUUACUUCCAAUCUACGGCCGCCUUUGGACCAGAAUUUCCCUAUAAUAAGUUUUACGUUUGCAACUAUGGACAUACUGGCAAUUGGCUCGGUUCUCCUGUUUAUUCUCAAGGGACAGCUUUCCUUCAGUUUCUGUCUUUGUUAUACGCCGUGACUAAGACCAUGUGGCAAGCACAAGUGCAGGAUUUUCCUGCUUAUUUUCAAAACAUAUUUUCAGACUAAAUCCUUCAGAAUACCGACACGUAUGUGUGUGCCAACUACAACAUGUGGCAUCUAGAACUAUCCGUUGAAUACGAAAAGGUUGCAUGUCGAAACUAGAUAUCUGAACCCCUUUCUCGUGGAUCCAUAUGCUUUCAAAUGACACCGCCUUAAUUCGUAUAGCCAACGUGAACGUUCUUUGGAAACGCUAGUGCAAUCUAAUGCGAGGGUGAUGUGUAUAAAUAACGACACAUUCGGAGUUGAUUUUCCACUUUGGGCAUCCGCCAUUCCAGCGACGCUUCAAAAUGAGAACCUUUACCGCUACAGUCCUGGUUGCAGCCGCUUGCUUCUUGGUUUUUUCAGCAACUACAGUGAAAGCAGGUUGUGCUGGGAAGCCGAAUAUUAAUCCGACUACUGUGAAGCCGACUACUAUGAAGCCAACUGAUGCAACUACCUUGAAUCCAUCAACUGUAACAACGCGUAAUCCGGAGACGACAACUUUUAAACCCGCUAGCGUGUCUACACUGAUGCCAACUAGCACGACAACUCUUGCUCCUACUCCUGGUACCAAUUACUGCAACAUUAAUACAUGCUCCGUGCCGACUGAUAACACGCUCUGCAAGUAUACGAAUACCACUUGGGGAUCGGCUUGCCAACCGGCCUAUCCAGCAAAAUCGAACAUCAGCGCUGCAGAUAUCGUCACCAUUUUGAGUGUGCACAACGACUACCGACGUAAAGUUGCGCAGGGACUUGAGACCCAAGGAAGUCCAGGUCCUCAACCCCCUGCGUCCAACAUGAGAGAGUUGAAAUGGGAUCAGGAACUUGCUGUCAUGGCUGCAGCCCACGCCCAACAGUGUGUGUUCCAACACGACAGUUGCAGAAACGUUCCUCGUUUUCAAGUGGGUCAGAAUAUUUACAUUAGCUCGUCUUCCGACAACAACCUUGGCACUUCAGACUGGAAUGCAGCAGUAACCGAGUGGUACAAUGAAGUUAAAGACAUGAACACCACUUAUGCCGCGAGCUUUCCUCGAAGCCCACCCAACGUUAUUGGACACUACACGCAAGUAGUAUGGGCUGACACUUAUCUUGUGGGUUGUGCAGUUGCAUACUACCAAUCUACGGCCGAGUUUGGACCAGAUUUUUCCUAUAACAGGUUCUACGUUUGCAACUAUGGACCAACUGGCAAUUGGCUCGGCUCUGCUGUUUAUAAGCAAGGGACGGCCGGUUCCGCCUGCCCCACAGGAACCGCAAACAACGAUGGCUUGUGUGCUUGAGAAAGUGAUAUUCCCCAAGCGCUUUAUCAAUGGACCAUUUUCCACCUUUAUACUAUCAUUUUUUUUCAACUUCAAUUGAUGCACAAUUCAAGCAAAACAUUUGUUCGCUAGUUUUCGAUGAACUGUAUGCCUAAUAUGUAGCUAUUUGAAAACUUUGCUGAACUUAGCUUUUGAAGUUUUUUAAUAUUAUUAUUAACCAGCAUAUAAAAUCUGGGACCUACUAAUACAUCUAAUCAGCAAGCA